UUCUCCAUCUUUUCAUCUUGUUUUUGCUUUUAAAUUUAAAUAUUUCUCUAUCUUCAAUAAAGAAAAAAAAAUGUCCACAAGAAGAUCAAGAUCAAGACAAUCAACAGCUUCAAGAAUAAGUGAUGAUCAAAUCAACGAUCUUGUUUCCAAGUUGCAACAACUUCUACCUGAAAUCCGUAGUCACCGCUCGGACAAGGUAUCAGCUUCAAAAGUGCUACAAGAGACAUGCAACUACAUCAGAAGCUUGCAUCGAGAUAUCGACAGUUUAAGCGACCGACUCUCCGAGUUGCUCGAGAACACCGAUCCGACUCAGGCUUCCAUCAUUAGGAGUUUACUUAUGCAGUAACUAAUUAGACCAUCAUCUUCUACACAAAUAACCAUUUUUCUCUUUCUUUCCCGCUAUAAUGUAUCGUCGUACUAUGUAACUUAGGGUCUUUUCUGUCUAUCUUACAUCACAAAUGAGUUUUUAGAUUUGUUUAGUUGAGCAUCAUAUAAUGUAAUAACAGAUAUUAUUUCUUAGAGAAGUUUCACUGUUGCUUUUAAAA